CCAGCUGCUACCCUUUUCCUCAUCCCUCCCCGAACUCCUACCACGUCGAACGCAAGAUUGCAAUCGCCCAAACGAUGUCGACGGUAGUUCAGCACCUGCCUCCACAAAUUUACUCGUAUCAUCCACGUCAGUCUCUCAACGGAGUCAACCCCAAUAACCAACCAGGGCCAAGCAUUGUUCCUACCCCUUCAGUGGCGACACGCAAGAGGAAAAGACCACCGCAGUACACUGUCAGCUACAGUGAAGUGCAAGAAGUCGAUAGCGAGGGUCGUCUUCGGGAUGUCAUCGUCAUAGAAGAUACACCUCCUCCACACACUAUGUCACCUGCGACUACCGUGGGUGGAGGGCAUUCUGUUCCAUAUCAACCACCGAUAUAUCCUGCUAGGAGGACGAGGGCACAAGCAGCAGCGGAACAGGCGAUGCUAUCCAGCUCAUCUAGCUAUAUCGCAGCUCCGGCUGCAAAAAAGCGGCGGCGAGAGCAUGACGAGAUUCGUGCACCCCCAGCCAAGAAGAUGGUCACGAGUAGCCAGACUACUCAAGUGCUCGCACAGACGAAAUCCUGGGACAGCAGAAGUGGUGCCGCAACGGACGACACCUCCAAAGGGCCAGUUUCAUGCGACGAUAAAGAAGGUCACUACAUCAUCGUUCCAGACGACAUGAUCUUCAAGCGAUAUCGUACGAUUCGGCUAUUGGGUCAAGGAACGUUUGGAAAGGUUGUGGAGGCUCAUGAUACCCACACCAACAAGAAGGUCGCAAUUAAGAUUAUUCGGGCGAUACCCAAGUACCGAGAUGCCAGCAAGAUCGAAGUCAGGGUUCUUCAGAAGUUGAAAGAGAAGGACCCUCAUAACACCAAUAAAUGCAUCCAUCUCCUUCAUUGGUUUGACCACCGCAACCACAUUUGCCUAGUAUCGGAACUGCUCGGCAUGUGCCUUUUCGAUUUCCUGAAGGAGAACGAUUUUGCUCCCUUUCCACGCCACCACAUUCAGUCAUUCGCUCGACAACUGCUGGGUAGUGUUUCUUUCCUGCAUCGGGAAUCCCUAAUUCAUACCGAUCUUAAACCAGAGAACAUUCUACUGGUACAUAACGACUACAGAGUCGUGAACAUCCCAGUGCCUGGCAAGAGAACUGCAGUCAAGCACAAGCGUAUCCUUGAAUCCACGGAUAUUAGGCUCAUAGACUUCGGCUCUGCCACGUUCGAGAAGGAGUACCAUUCACAAGUCGUUGCAACUCGGCAUUAUCGUGCCCCAGAAAUUAUCCUAGGUCUCGGGUGGUCUUACCCCUGUGAUGCUUACUCCUUGGGGUGCAUUCUGGUGGAAUUCUAUACUGGAGUAGCCUUAUUCCAGACCCAUGAUAACCUCGACCAUCUCGCGAUGAUGGAGGUAGUGAUGGGAAAGAUGCCUGAUCGUUUUGCUCGUGCCGGUGCCCGAUCGAAACCAGAGUUUUUCAGGGAAGGUGCCAAACUAGAUUGGCCGAAGCCUAAGGGAUCUCGGCAGAGCAAGAAAGAUGUACGAGCUGUGCGUCCUUUGGCGGAAAUUAUUCCCCAAACCGAUCUUAUCAAUAGGAAUUUUCUGGAUCUGGUGCGGAGGUUAUUAGCAUUUGAUCCUGCGCAACGCAUAACAGUGGCGGAGGCAUUGAAGCAUCCAUACUUCUCUCUGAACAUUCAUGAAGAGAUAUGAUUAUCAUCCGAUAUCGCACUCUCUACGGAUUGUUAUCUUUUGGGUUCGCUGUCCAUCGUUUAUGCCGCCACAAGUGUACUACAAGUCUCCCAUCACCUUUCUGGACCACAAUUCGUUAUUGAAUUCCAUGGAAUUUAACCGGGACCCCAACAUGGCCUUGCUACAUUGCCUUUCGAACACCGACAACCAGGUUAUCAUGACCUUGCCUAUUAGCUCCCUGUCACUAGAGAUUGGGUCGGUCGUCUAGUAUCUCGCGAUUUAUAUAUUCAAAAGUUAUUCGAAGUUGUGACAUCAUUUUUUCACCUGCAAUUCUCGUUUGUAACGUCCAGCACAUUUACCCAUUUCUCUUCGUUUCAUAUGUUUUGCUUAUGACAUUCUUCCGCAGACUCAGGGGAAUUCGUCUUUAUAUCUAUUGCACCAUGGCAUUUUGUAUCAUCAACACUAUCUCUCCCUUUCUCGAUUAUAAUCUAUGCAUAGAACCAAAAGGGAUAGCCUGGAACACCACGAAUGUGUUAUGUAUUCCGAUCUAGAUAUACCUCAAAUAGAAACCACUGUUGUAUAAGAGGAAAUAAAUACUCUUGAGAAUAGGAUUCUCGACGUUGGUCUGGU